AUGGCCACGCGGCCGUCGCUGCGGUCGAGCGACGGCGCGCGCCCAAGAAGCAAGAGCGGGACCGGGUCCGGGACCGGCUGGCCCCCGUCGAGCCCGCGCAGCUCCGACCCGUCGCGCCCGUCCUCCGCGGCGGCGGUGGCGUCCGACAAGCCGGUGCCGUCCUUCCUCCGCCCCACCGUGAGCUCGUCGAUGCACAGCUCCUCGUCGUCUUCCUCGCUGGCGUCGCCCUCCCCCUCCUCCUCCUCCUCAGCCUCCGCCGCCGGCGGCUCCAAGGGCACUGCCGCCACGGCGAGGCGGUCUGCCCACAAGGCCCCGGCACAGCCGGUGGGCGCGUCGCGGCCGAUCACGCCCAAGGACAAGGCCCUGGCGCAGCCUGUGGGCGCGCCGCGGCCGAUCACGCCCAAGAAGGACAAGGCCCCGGCGCAGCCUGUGGGCGCGACGCGGCCGAUCACGCCCAAGGACAAGGCCAAGGCCAAAGCGCCGGCGCCGGCGUCGACUUCCACGUCGCGGUGGGCCGCGGUGUCGCCGAGGCAGCUGAUGCAGAGGGCGUCCAACGCGUUCAAAGCCAGCAGCAGGUCCCGCAGCAAGAAGAGCAAGGAGGCCGCGGCGGCCUCGGCGUCCGGCAGCAAGGGCGGCGCUGGUGCUUCCGCCGCCGCAAGGGCGAAAGGCCAGACGGCGAGAGCACAGCCCGUCGAGGAGCAGCACCAGCAGCCGGAGACGCCCGCCGAGCCGUCGCCUGCCGUGACUCCCGUGGAAGUAGAGGAGCCAGUCCUGUUGGAGUCCGAAGAUGCUGACCAGAAUGAACAGGACGUCGCGACGUCGCAGGAGGCUGCCAGUACUGACAUCACGACCGUGCCGGUGAGGUAUCAAGAGGAGCAGGUCGGCGCAGGACAGCCGAAGGGAAAAGCGGAGGAGGAGGACGUCGCCGUGGAGGAGAAGAUCAUACAGGUGGAGGCUGAGCAGGUGAAGGCGGAGAAGCAGGAGCUGCAAGAAGAGAGGCCGCAGAGCAGCGAGGCUAUGCAGACAGAAACGGAGGCCCAGAAGAACACGGACGAUGGCUCGCCGGCCGUCGUUGUAGAAGAAGCCGCGGCUAAGGAGGCGGCAACACCUGAGGGAGAAGACGAGCUGGCAAUGGCAACCAGCACGGUGGAAGAGAAGGUCGUCGAUGAGAGCCAGCAAGCAGAGGUGACUGAGAACUCUGAGGCGAACGCGAUCUCUGAGGAACCAAAACAAGAAACCGGCGUGCUCUCUGAAGAACCCAAGGAGGAAACGAGCGUGACCGCGGAAGAAGCAAAGGAAGCAGCUGACCCUGCGCCUUUGCAGAAGAACGAGGAGGUGGCCGACGAAUCAAAAGCGGCUGCCGGAUCGAGCGCGUCAGCUCCGACGACGCCGCUGAGAGAAGGGGCCAACAACGACGACGACGACGACGACGUAGAGGCAGUGCCUAAACAGGUUAGCGCUUCGGAGCCCGUGACGCCGGUGGCAGAAGCCAUCAGCAAGGGGAAGGAGGUGAUGGAGACGCCACAGCAGAGCGCGUCGGCGCCGACGACGCCGGCGGGCCCGACGAUCCCCGAGGGGUCGGCGGCGGCGUCGGAGCUGGCGUUCAAGGGGCGCAAGGUGAAGACGGCCAUGGAGAAGCGGUCGGAGGAGGAGCAGCCUAAGAAGAAGGAGGUGGCGCGGAGCAACGACGUGAUCGAGGAGGCCAAGAGCAAGCUGAUGGAGAAGCGGAAAAGCAAGGUGAAGGCGCUGGUGGGGGCGUUCGAGACCGUCAUGGACAGCCCCCGGGCGAGCUGA